GCGAUCCUAUGCCAAGUCUCGAAACUCAACAUGGGAGAGAGAUCAUACAAAUACAUCAAAGAUUUUCUCACGGACAGAACUGCCGAGCUCAGAGCGGGGGAUCUCCAAGCGCAAGAGAAGAAGCUGGGAAGCACAGGCACACCUCAAGGAUCAGUCAUCUCGCCGAUGCUUUUCAACCUGGUGAUGAUAGGAGUGGCCGAAAGGCUCGGAAACAUCAAGGAAGUUCGACACACGAUAUACGCGGACGACAUAACGCUGUGGGUGGAAGGGGGCAGCGAUGCCCACAUCGAAUCCACUCUACAGGCGGCUGUCGACGCGAUCGAAGACCACCUUGACGGAACGGGGCUCAGGUGCUCGCCGAGCAAGUCGGAGCUCCUUGUAUACCCGCCCGUCAAGCACCGCAAACCCAAGAGCAGCCCGAGAAACUACGAGGCAAUCAAAGUGAAGAGCAGAGAAGGAAACGAGAUCCCAAGAGUCACCAAGAUCAGAAUCUUAGGAAUGACGAUCGAGACGCACGGCAGAAACGGUGACACUGUCACCCGGCUCAUAGCGAAAGCGGCAAACGCCACGAGACUACUCAAGCGAGUCACGACCAAGAAAAGUGGAAUGAGGGAAGAGAGCCUGAUCAGACUCAUCCACUCGUUUGUCAUAUGCCACGUAGCGUACGUGGCGGCCUACCACAAGUGGAAGAAGAGCGAGAGAAACAAGAUAAAUAUACUCAUCCGUAGGGCCUUCAAGACGGCAAUGGGACUGUUCGAAACAACGAGCACCAACCGCCUCCUGCAGCUGGGGGUGCACAAUACGCUAGAGGAGAUAGCGGAAGCCCAACGCAACGCUCAACUCGAAAGACUAUCUACGACCAAGGCCGGCCGGAAAAUCCUGGACAACCUGGGAGUUGGCUACCAAGGCAGGGAGCGGACGCAGCUCCCCAUCCCCGAUGAGAUCAGGAACAACAUCAGAGUGGACUCUAUACCGAGGAACAUGCACCCGGAGUAUAACAAAGGGAGGAGAGCGGCGAGAGCCAGGGCCCUGAUAGAUCAGCACGCGGCCGACGGACACGCACGCUACGUGGACGCGGCUGAAUACGCCAAGCUACACGGUUUCACGACAGUUGUCGUCGACGCGACCGGCACCGUUCGCACGACCGCCAGCACGAGAUGCACCAAGGCAGAACAAGCGGAGGAGGUAGCCAUCGCCCUGGCCAUCGCCGACCGCGACUGCCACACGGUGCUGUGUGACUCGAGGCAGGCGGUGAGGAAUUAUGCCAAAAGCAUGAUAUCGAAGGAAGCGGUGCGCAUACUGCAGUCAACCAAGAACGACGGCGGCAGCAAACAAGUGAGAAUCAAAUGGUUCCCCGCGCACGCGGGCGAGGAUCGAAACGCCAACCACAACGAGACAGCACAUGCCGAGGCGCUAACGGACCGCGCCUCGACCGACUGGCCGCUGUGGUUCAGCACCAAGGACCGAAUGACCGACGAGAUAACCAAGGCUUUCCGCCUAGCUCGCAGAACUCUCCCACCACCUUGCUCGGGGCUCAGUCGAGAACAAGCCGUUUUAUUUAGACAGCUGCAGACGGGCUCACUCCCCGUGCUGAUGCAUAGAAUGGAUCCGCACCCGACAGACAAGUGCAGAGUCUGCCGAAGGGCCGGCUUCGCACAUAUGCUGUGGGAUUGUAUCAAGUACCCGGAAGAAUCAAAGUCUGGGAGCAUCCCGCUGCGACUUGAAGCAGCCGCAGGGAGCGAUAAUCAAGAACAACAACUCUGGGCCGUCCAGCAGGUCAUCGGGGCGCUGGCCCGGCAGGGACCCAGCGCCCAGAAGACGAUGUAGGCCCCGUCCGGAGCGCGCGCGCAAG